AUGAAGUUUGUUGCCGAUUGUCUGGCAAAUGACGCUUAUAAAUCCUGUCAGUAUGGAGAUCCGCGCAUGCUUUGGGUUGGUUCCACUACCGAAAACAUCGCAUGUGCCAUUUACACCACUCGUUUCAGUCUCGAGUUCCGUGAAUCUGGCGAAAAGCAAGCGACAACGGCCAUCGAUCUUGAAUGGAAGGAUUCGGCAUACGAUGGAGCUUCGGAGGCACUAUCUCAAGCCUUGGGAACUUUGCUUGGUGGCGCUAUUGGACCUUUGUAUACCUACAUCGGAGGACAGAAUGGAAACACCUUUCGCACGGCAGCCCUCGGCACGGCUCGAACCAGGAUCAUGGAAACAAUGCUGGGUGGAUUGAUUUGGACAGCUUUUACUUGGGAACUUGGUGAUACAAUCGCUGAGCUACCUGCCGAGGACCGAGAACUGGUUGCCAAUAGGACGUUUGCUGAGAUGCUUGAAGAGCUUUCAAGGAGUCAGAAAUUAAGUACUUUCAGUAGCGAAGGCUAUGGAAAUCUGGACCUGUAUACCCCAGAAGUGCAGAUCGGUACCAGUGCGUUACUGGAACAUAACGACGAUCGGCAACUACUGUGCACGAACUCAGAACACAGUGCUGAGUUAUGGCAGACCCAACAUCCGACCUGA